AUGGCAGAUGGUACCUACCGCUUCCAGCAGCCUACAGCUGGACAGUUCUUCUUCCCUCACGGUGCGCAGCAGACUCACCACCAACGCCAUCUUCCUCGAAACGGCUCUCCCGUGCAUGCCGGGCGAGUAGGCUUCUCUAACGACACUCCAUCUCCUACACGCUCGCCCGGUGCCCAGUCUCCUGCCCACAAUCUCUACGCCAUGUUCAGUCAAAGCCAUCAGCAGGGCCAGCACCUGAUGAAUGGUGGGCCAAGUCAGCAGCGUUUUGCCAUGCAGAUGAACCUGGCGCAGAAAUUUCAACAUCAAAAUCACCAUGCGCACCAUCAGACUCAACACCAUCAUCAACCACAGCAGGACCACACCGCGCAUAGCACGCACGCCGGCAACCUCGCGCACCAGCAUGCCUUCUCGGGGACCCUGUCAACAGCGACGCCUCAUUUUAGUUCUACGCACCUUCCAAACGGGACCCCGACGUCGGGUACGGCCGCUUUGACGAAGCCGCUGAGCGAGCAUUGGGCUCAUCAGUUGCAAAUGGCUGCUGAAUCAAGACAAGCGAGUUCUCCCCACCAUUACGCUCGCACUAAUGCGCAUAUCAACAAGGGAAUAACCACAACGGCCACGAAUGGGGUGCGAAAGGAAGGAGACAAUGAGGAGCGUAACCGGGCCACAGGCGAGGACAAUAAGAAACGUCAACGAUGGAUGUCGUUGGAUUUCGGAGGCCAGGGGCUUCGCGCGCUUUCGGAGCCUCUCUUUAAUUACACUUUUCUCGAUAAAUUAUAUCUCAACUUCAACAAGUUGACACAUCUUCCAGCUGCUAUUGGGCGUUUACGGCAUCUGACACACCUGGAUCUGUCGAACAACCAACUCAGCGAGCUGCCGGCUGAGAUUGGAAUGCUUUCGUCUCUGAAAAACCUGUUGUUGUUUGACAAUAAUCUGCACUCGCUUCCGUACGAGCUGGGCUACCUCUACCAACUCGAGUUCUUGGGCAUUGAAGGAAACCCGCUCGAGGAUUCGCUCAAGGAUCAACUCGUUCAGAAUGGGACUAAGGCUCUCGUUACUCAUCUACGAGAGAGCGCUCCAGUCUCACUACCUCCGCAGCAGAGAGACUGGAUUGUCCUGGAUGACACGCCUCCGCCGGCUACUGGGCCGCCUCAAGAGAAGUUGACUGUUCUGAGCUAUAACACGCUGUGCGACCGGUACGCCACACACACGCAGUUCGGUUACACACCAUCACUGGCGCUCUCAUGGGAGUACCGAAAAGACUUGAUCCUUCAGGAAAUCCGCGAACCAGAUGCGGAUAUUCUCUGUUUGCAAGAGGUUGACAUGGACAAUUACAACGAAUUUUUCCGACCGCAGUUGGCAUACAAUGACUACAGGGGGGUGUUCUGGCCAAAAUCGAGAGCGCGAACAAUGGCAGAGAAGGAAGCGAAGCUGGUUGACGGUUGCGCUACCUUCUUUAAAUCCAGCAAGUAUCUCUUGUUGGACAAACAAAUCAUCGACAUUGCCAACACUGCAAUCAACCGGCCAGAUAUGAAAGGUGAGCAUGACAUCUUCAAUCGAGUCAUGCCCCGUGACAACAUUGCUGUAGUCGUCUUUCUAGAGAACCGUGCUACUGGAACGAGAUUCAUUGUCGUGAAUGCCCAUAUGCAUUGGGAUCCCGCGUACAAUGACGUAAAGCUGGUGCAAGUAGCAAUUCUCUUGGAACAAGUGGCCAAGUUAUCCGAAAAAUACGCCAAGUGGCCUCCUGUCAUUGAUAAGGCGGCGUUCAAACUUUCAGAUGACAGCGAAGAAGGCAAACAAUCGGAGCCUGAACCACCUCAAGAGCUUGCACCGUCAGCGCAAUACUCUACCGGCGUACAAAUCCCUCUCAUUGUAAGUGGAGAUUACAAUUCGACCACUGAUUCGGGAGCCUAUGAUUUGCUCGCUCAUGGCCAGCUAUCCAAAUCUCACCCGGAUCUGGCAAACCGAGGAUACGGUAACUUCACGCGUGAGGGUAUGGCACAUCCAUUCAACCUAAAGUCGAGUUACUCCAAUGUUGGCGAAUUGAGCUUUACAAAUUAUACACCCGGAUUCACAGAAGUUGUCGACUACAUUUGGUACUCGACAAACGCCUUGCAGGUCACUGGCCUGCUCGGCGAGGUUGACAAAGAGUACCUACGAAAGGUACCGGGCUUCCCUAACUAUCAUUUCCCUAGUGAUCACCUGGCGUUAUUAUCGGAGUUUAUGGUCAAGGAAAGGAGAGAAAAGAAAGCGGUUACGGCAGACUUCGGGCCCCAGCGGGAAAGGAGGACGUGA